AUGGGUCAUUUGGCGCAGAAGUGUCGCGUCAGCUCAGCGACCUCGUGUUUGUCUUCUUGUCUCUUACAAGCGUCUCUUCCCUUGUGCUCUUAUACUAAGAGAAGCAGUGAGGUAGUGGAAAAGACCUUAGCGGAUCGACAGUUUCAGCCGCGCAAACUCGAUAAAAGCAAAGAGGCAAAUCGUUCUACACCUGAAAAGCGCAAAUCCGGCAAAAUGGAAGGAGCGAAGUCAAAGAAAAGGUCCGCGGAGGCAGCAUUGUCCAAGGCCAAACCGAAGAAAGCCAAGACUGUUAAAGAUGGGAAAAGAAAGAAGGCUAAAGGAGACGGACCCCAAGUGAAAAGGGCCUCCUCUGCCUACAUUCACUUCACCACAGAUUUUCGAAAGAAGCUCAAAGAGAAAUGCGAGAAGAAGGGCGAUUCUCUUCCAAAGGCGAACGAAGUCGCGAAGAUGGCGGGCGAAGCGUGGAAAAAUCUCACGGAUGAGGAGAAAAAACCGUACAAUAUUUUGGCCCAGGAAGACAAAGAGCGCUACCUGAAGGAGAGUGGUAAACUUGCCAAGAAAGAAUCAGAUAAACCAAAGCGUGCUCCCACAGCUUAUUUCAUUUUCCUUGCUGAAUUCCGAGAGCAAAUGAAAGGGAAAAAGAUUGAUGAUAAUCAGAAAAUUCCUGCCUUGGCUGGAGAGAAGUGGCGAACCAUGACUGACAAGGACAAAGAGAAAUACAAACAGCAGGAGGCAGUAGCUAAAAAGAAACAUGAAGCUGCAAUGGAAGAGUGGAGGAAGAAGAAUGCUGGAAAGGAGGUAGCAGCCCCACCAAAAGCAAAGUCAGAGAAGAAGAAGCCUCCACCUAAAAAGGAGGUUGCUAAAGCAUCAGAGUCUGAAGAGGAGGAUGAUGAAGAUGAAGAUGAUGAUGAUGAUGAUGAAGAGGAAGAAGAGCCUGAAGAUGAUGAUGAUGGAGAUGAUGAUGAAGACGAUGAUGACGACGACGAUGAUGAUGACGAUGAAUAAACAGAUUUCCUUUGCACUUCCUCUGAUAGCAAGAGAUCCAUCUUAGAUUUUUAUCCCACCAUUUUCCUAGUUGACAUUUGCUCUUUGUAAUAUGUAGCUUGUGAUUUCAAACUCCAAGAGAAUGUGUGAAUCAUGUGUACACCAUGAUUGUAGAAGUAAAAGACAUUUUAUUACACCAGUAGGUUUGCUUACUCCUUCCUUGCUUGCAGUUCUUAUUUUGACAUUCACUAAAGAUACAUUUAAUCCUUUCACUCCCAAAAUCUGAUUGUUACAUGUAAUUCUCCUUCCCAGCUACUAUAGAUUUCCUUGUAAAUUAGAUGUGAGAAUUUGUUGUUAGAUCAAGGCAACAACUUCCAGCUGAUAAGUUUGAUUAUUCUUUUAGAGUAUUCUAUCUCAUUUGCUGGAUUAUAUAUGGAUACCAUAGUGAAAAGUUACAUGUUAAUCACUUUUGGGAUUUAAGGAGUGAAGUGGUAGUGAUAAAAGUCAGUUGUUUCCAAAGAGCUUUUAAAGCAGGGAGGGUGUGCAUUAAUAUAUCUUGUUCAGGUUGUUGUUUAAGUUAAGUAAAAUUCUUAGUUUGGAUCUCACUUGGUAUUGAGCAGAAACCUUUUCAUUUUUUGUUGCUUUGCAGUGUGUUUGUAACCAUUAGUUUGGUCUUAAAGGCCUUGCUGCUAAAAAGUGAAAUUGCAUCUCACUAUUAUCCACAAGUGUGCCACUGUUUAUAGCAUUCCUUUGCGUAGUUAUUUAUUCAGACUAAUUUAGCCAGACCUGAAAACUAAUAAUUAAUAUAUACCUGAGUUAACAGUUAUUUCACCUACGAAAGUUUACAGAGAUACCUUUUGAAUUUUCUCCCACUGACCCUUUUUGGUUAGAAUACCAGAAUGAUUUUGUUUGAACUAUCACAGCCUCCUCUCUCAAUCUUCAACAUUUCAGGUGUUUGCAGCAUCAUUUUCAAGGUUCUUUAUUUCAGAUAACAAGAUUAGUCCCUCAGUUACAAAGGAAAUGGGGAUUUUGUGAUUUUUGGAUGUAGUUAAGAGAUUGUUUAUCCCGGAAAGGGAAUCCCACGUUUCUUAAAGUUAUUUCUGUCUCCUUUUGGCACCAUUAGUAAACUAAGAUAUUUUGAUUUUAGUUUGUACAUGCAUGUGUAUGAUAUGUUUUAAAUAAAGUUGUUCUUUUUCAUUA